AACAAUGUUAAAAAAUUUGAAGAAACUAGAAUUGACAAUAUUAUAAAAGAGUACUUAGCUACACCCAUUAAAUUAAACGGAUUCAUCAGGUCUACUACUUCAUCUCAAAAAACAAAAAAUCCAGAAAUUACAGCCGGUAGUUCUUCCCGUACUGCAAUACUAACAACAAUUCCUAUAGAAGAAGAAAUUCAGAAUAAUGCAACAGCUCAAAAACAGAUAGCUA